GAAUUGCCCUUCUGCAGCGCUAGUGCGCCUGCUCCCCAAAGAUAACACGUGUUUCCUGGCCAUGCGUCUCUCUGAAUACGCAGACGUACGCAGCGCUUCAAUAAUGGCGGCCGAUGGAGGGUUCUCGUCGCAGAUGCUACCCUGCGUUUUCUCUCCUAAAUCACAUCAAUACCUGGCACUGUGUGCACAGGAUGGUCGACUUCGUAUUUGGAACACAGACAGCAAAACCCUGCACCAGGAAUAUGUGCCUUCUGCCCACUUGAGUGCCACUUGUACCUGCAUAGCUUGGGGACCAUGUCGGACGGCUAAGGAGGGGCCUCAGAGGAAAAAGAGGAAAUCUGAGGCAGGGCAGUCAGUGGAGACCACAGAUCUGCUGGCACUGGGUACGGCAGCGGGCAGCAUCCUCAUCUACAGCACAGUCAAAGGGGCCCUGCAGUGCACACUGGAUGGGGGUCAUAGUGGUGCAGUGAACACCGUGCAGUGGCAUCUGGAGGAGAAUGUGCUCUACAGUGGCUCAGAUGACACACACAUUGCGGAGUGGGACCUGCAAACAGGCAAAAUGCGCUGUAAAUGGAAGGCAGAUCGUAACGCAGUGACAAGUUUGUGUGUGAGUCCCGAUGGGAAGCUCCUUCUCUCUGCCGGCAUGACGAUCAAAAUGUGGGACUUGGAGACCAAGGAGGUGUAUAGGAAGUUCACCGGUCACUCCACCAUGGUUACGACCCUGUGCUUCGCCACCACCCGUCCACCUGACAGCAAUGGACUCUACUUCCUCUCUGGGGCGGCUCACGAUCGACUCCUCAGUGUGUGGCAAGUGCGUUCAGAUGGGAAGGAUAAGAACGCUGUGGUGUCGUUCACACUGACAGACGAGCCUCAGCACAUUGACCUUCUCAAGUCAGACAGCAAGGAAGAGGCGGUGCGGUUAGCCGUGGUAUGCAAGGACGGACAGCUGCAUCUUUUUGAGCACUUUCUCAAUGGGCCCUGUAAGAAGCCCCUUACCCCAGUCUGCUCCGUGCAGGUGUCCAGUGUGGGGGGUAAAUCUGGUGACGGUGACACGCCAGUGCCUGUGCCCUUGCUGGCCGCUGCCCUCAACAAAGAAAAGCAGAGCGUGCUGCUGGCAUAUGGCAACCACCUGCAGCCCGUCAUUGAGAACACUCCUGUGAACACAGCAGAAAGACACGUAUGUCUGAUCCGGGACAUACAGGCAACAUUGUCCCUCUCCGUAGAUACAGCCGUGUCCCUGGUGAAAACCCCAAUAGUCAAUGAGAAGAAAAUGAAAGUGUUGGUGCCUGGUCUGCCGGGACACCAGGCACCACCCAAAGCAGCCAAUCAAAGCGGCCAACCAGAAAAAAGGAAGAAGGGCGCCCGGACUGAGAUGUCCAUAGAGGAGCGCCUGGAGCAGGUGGAGCUCUCCACUUUAGGAAAGGGAGGGGAGAAGGGGAUCUCCACCCUUCAGACAGACAGUUAUGCUGUGCUGCUGGUGCAAGGACUGGAGAGUAAAGAUAAAAGCAUCCUCAACCGAAUAUUCCAGACUCGCAAGGAAAUGUUGAUUAGGAAUACAGUUUCACGAGUACCCCUUCCAGCUAUCUUGCCAUUAUUGGAGGAGCUUUCCACAAGGAUACAAGGACAUCCAAACACAGCUCACAUGGCAGUAGAUUGGCUAAAGGCAGUGUUGACGCUACACACAUCCUACCUGUCAGCACUACCAGAUUUGGUGUCUCAACUUGGAAGGCUGUAUCAUUUGAUUGAGAGCAGAGUGAAGGGAUACCAACAGCUAAUGAGGCUCCAUGGCAAGCUAUACUUGCUAAUGACCCAGGCGGCGACUAGCAACCGUGCCCAUAAAAUAAAUGAGCUGGACCACACAGCCAAACUUGUGUAUGAGGAAGACUCCUCUGAUGAAGAGGGUUCAGGAGACGAAGGACUGCCUGAGAAUGAAUCAGAGAACUGGGAGGAGGAUGAGGAAGAUGGGGAAGAUAUGGACACAAUGGAGGAGAGGCAGAAUCCUGCUGACGAGGAAAUGAGAGAGGAUUCCAAAGCAAAUGGGGACGAGUCAGACCUAGAUCCAGAAAAUGAGAGUGAAGAAGAAUGAGUGAUCAAGGAAGAGACCGAGGAAUGAAAAGGACCUGAAAGAUUUAUAUAUGCUUUCGUUUAAUUUCCAUGUUUUGAUUUUAUUUUAACAAAACAACAAA